UAACUCUAAAGCCCCACCCUUCGCCAUGCCAAUGUCUGGAUAUGGCUAGAUCUUCCUCUAGAGAUAACCAUUCUUCAUCACUUUUCUCUUCUCCUUUGUCCAUUGAUCACCUUGUUGAUGUCAUUGAUUUGUUAAAGAGGUCAGGGUAUCCUGAAACAAGAUGGCAAGAUCUGGGACUGAGACUAGGACUACACAAGAACACACUGGACGCCAUUGAAAAGAAUCAUCCUGGUGAUGUAUCUCGCUGUUUGACUGAAUGUCUGUCUAAGUGGUUACGUAAAGCAGACAAUGUAAAUAGUAAAGGAGGAGCUACCUUUGACUCACUGUCAGAAGCUCUUAAAUCAAUGGAUGAAACUGCUGUGGCUGACAAGUUAGAUCAAGAGAGACGUAAUGCUAUGGCUACUUGUAUUUUUGAUACUCAUUGCCAUAACCUCUCACAGUCUCUCUGUGAUCCAGUCAGUGUAGCAUGGAUGCUGUAUGGAGAGCGUGUGUUAGUAAGACAAGCAGUAACUAGUGUUGAAUCAGGUAGUCCAUUUAUUCCUAAACAACGUGAAGCACUGUUAGAUGCUCUCAAAGAAGUUAUUCAGUUGAAUUAUAAGAACCUGCAAACAUUUGCUAUUGUUCUUUGCAAGUUUCCUCGUAAUAUACCACUAGGAGAAGCAAUACACACAGACUAUGGUAAGUUUCUAUCCUUUUAAUCACGAAAACUUAUAGAUGU